UUUGGCACGUACACACUAGCUGUACAUGUACGGGGUCCUUAGGAGAAAUGGCAACGAAACAGACGCGUUUUAAUGUGGAGGAUGUCGACGACUCGACUGCCGUAUCAGCCUCUCCUCAUUUAAUGAGUUGUGCUACUAGUACAACGAGCGCUCUGUCUGUCUACGUUACGCCACCGUCGAGUCCUAAAGUAUCCUCAUCUGACUCAGCUCGUGUAAGCACUGAAAGGCUAAGCGGGAAUGAAGUGGAUGGCUCACCACCACGGAAAGUGGUAAGAAUUGUAAGAGAUUUCGAGAUAUCCACUCCUACGUCUUCAGAUGGAGGAAACGUUUCAUCUCCGACAACACAACCAAGUCUUAACUAUACAGACACAGUAGAACGUGUCCCUAUGACGAUGUUCUACCGUCAAGAUUCUGGCAACACUCGAGGGCAUGGGAGGCCAACACUGAGGGAACUUCAUGAUCCCAUACCUGCGAAUAAGAGUGGAAACAGAGUGUCAGAAGGUGACAGUCAUGAUCUCAAAUUUAGUCAACAGCAAAAGAGUGAAGUCAAGUUUGGUUGGAUUCGAGGAGUUUUGGUGAGAUGUUUGCUUAAUAUUUGGGGAGUGAUGCUAUUUCUCAGACUCACAUGGGUCGUUGGACAGGCAGGAAUAGGUUUGACUGUUCUCAUUAUUGCUUUGUCAUCUGUUGUCACAAUAAUCACCACACUGUCAAUGUCAGCCAUUUGCACUAAUGGUGAGGUGAAGGGUGGUGGUGCAUACUACUUGAUAUCUCGAAGUCUGGGUCCAGAGUUUGGCGGUGCAAUCGGGAUCAUCUUCUCUUUUGCCAAUGCUGUUGGUGUGGCGUUGUAUGUGGUUGGGUUUGCUGAGACAGUCAGAGAUCUGUUGAAAGAUAACAAUAGUUUAAUGACAGAUGAGAUCAAUGAUGUUCGAAUUGUUGGAGUAAUAACAGUAACACUGCUGUUGGUACUUGCUCUAGUUGGUAUGGAGUGGGAAGCUAGGGCUCAACUGUUGUUGCUUGGUAUUCUGUUGCUUUCAAUUGCAAACUUUGUUAUUGGAACAUUUAUUGGUCCCAAGAGCACUUCAGAGGAGACAAAGGGUUUUGUUGGCUAUAAAGGUUGGGUGUAUGUGGACAAUUGGUAUCCUGAUUUUCAAGGAGAGACAUUCUUUUCUGUUUUUGCUGUGUUUUUUCCUGCGGCCACAGGCAUCUUAGCUGGUGCUAACAUAUCAGGAGACUUGAAGGAUGCCCAAAAGGCUAUUCCAAAGGGCACUCUUCUUGCUAUUGUUAUUAGCAGUAUAGUGUAUGGGAUUGCUGCAUGGAUGGCUGGUUCAUGUGUCAUCAGAGAUGCGACGGGUCCACUGAAUGCCACCAUAUUUACAAUAAGUGGAGCCACAGUUUUUCCAAAUUGCUCAACCGAUAGUUGCCUUAUUGAUACAUUUGGUUAUCAAUAUUAUCAAAACUGCUCUUUUGUCAAUGGCAAAUGCUUAUAUGGAUUACUACAUCAGUUUCAGGUCAUGGAAAUGGUGUCAGGAGUAGGAGAAAUUAUUACUGCUGGUAUCUUUUCUGCUACAUUAUCAUCAGCUCUUGCCAGUCUUGUGAGUGCUCCAAGAGUAUUUCAGGCUGUAUGCAAAGACAGGCUGUUUCCAUACAUUCAGGUCUUUGCGACAGGAGGAGGUCGCUCAGGUCAUGAACCGAUUCGUGGCUAUAUUCUGACUUUUGUUGUUGCACUUGGAUUUAUUGUAAUUGGGGAGUUGAAUGGAAUAGCUCCAAUUAUAUCCAAUUUUUUUCUUAUGUCAUAUGCGCUUAUCAACUAUUCUUGUUUCAAUGCAUCAUUUGCCAAGUCUCCAGGUACUUGUGCAUCUGGGAUAUGCGAGUUAUCCAGACAAGUUCAUUUACAAUGGCACAUUAUUCUUGGAAUGAUGCUUGCAGUGAUAUAUUGAGCUGCACUGUCGCCGAGUCAGAGUAACA